CAGAGCAAGAUGGCGGCGCCCAUGGAGGUGGUGGUGUGUACCGACGCCGCGGCGCCGCUCUGGAGCUGCGUGGUGUGGGAGCUUCACUCGGGCGCCAACCUGCUCACCUACCGAGGCGGCCAAGCGGGGCCGCGAGGCCUGGCGCUACUCAAUGGCGAGUACCUGCUGGCGGCGCAGCAGGGCAAGAACUACAUCUGCGCUUGGGAGCUGCAGCGCAAGGAUCAGCUCCAACAGAAAAUCAUGUGUCCUGGGCCUGUCACCUGUCUGACCACAGCACCUAAUGGCUUGUAUGUCCUGGCAGGAAUUGCAGAGAGCAUCUACCUGUGGGAGGUCUGCACCGGGAACCUCCUGGUCAUCCUCAGCCGGCACUACCAGGACGUGUCCUGCCUGAAGUUUACAGGGGAUGGCAGCUUUUUUGUCUCGGCAGGCAAAGACUGCCUGGCGCUGGCCUGGAGCCUCUGCAGUGUGCUACAGGCAGACCCAUCCAGGAUCCUCGCCCCAAGACAUGUCUGGUCCCAGCACACGCUCCCAAUCAUAGACCUGCACUGCGGCUUUGGAGGCCCCAUGGCCCGGGUGGCCACCGCUUCAUUGGACCAGACCAUAAAGCUCUGGGCCAUCUCCUCGGGGGACCUGCUGCUGUCUGUCUUGUUUGACAUGGGCAUCACAUCUGUGACCAUGGACCUGGCCGAGCACCACAUAUUCUGUGGAGGCAGCGAUGGCUCCAUCUUCCAGGUGGACCUGUGCAGCUGGCCCGGACUGAGGGAGCACAGCUUCCAGCCUGAGCAGAACACAGGGAAGGUCUUCAAAGGACACAGGAACCAAGUGACAUGCCUGUCGGUGUCAACAGACGGCAGUGUCCUGCUCUCCGGCUCCCAUGACGAGUCAGUGCGGCUGUGGGACGUGAAGAGCAAGCAGUGCUUGCGCACAGUCACCCUCAAAGGCCCAGUGACCAAUGCCACCAUCAUACUAGCCCCACCCAGCAUGCUGAACCCUGAAUUCAGGCCCAGCCUGCCCCUGCCCCACUUCAACAAGCACCUGCUGGGGGCUGAGCAUGGAGAUGAAGCCCAGGGUGGGGGCCUGCGCCUGCAGCUAGGGCUCCACCUGCAGGGCAAAGAGCCUAGCUACGUGGAGCGUCUGGAGCAGCUGCAGGCAGUGUUGUCGGGCUAUCUGGAGAAGAACAUGCUAGGCAGCCAGAUGCUGCCAGCACGUGUGUUUGAGCUGGAGGAAGAGGUGCGUAGCCUGCGCAAGAUCAACAGGGACCUGUUCGACUUCUCCACGCACAUCAUCACACGGCCCUCCAAGUGAGGCAUGUUGGGCCACUGCCACACAAACACUUGCCACGGGGCUGUCAUCUAGUGUUUCAACAAAGGAUGGACUAAAGGAUGAACAAUUCUUAAAUUGUGCACCUCGGUUGUUCCGUCCCUGGCUGGGCUGGGGCUUGGUUGGAAGGCCUCAGGCUUGGGGAAUGGGGUGCGGUAAGUGGGAGCUGACUGCAGAGUCCCCAUUCAUGAGGGACAAUCAGUCCUUCAUGGAUGUCCAAAGCUCAGUAUCUGGACAGUGUCCUGGGGCUACUUCAACUGUAACCUCAAGUCCAGCCCAAAUACCAACAGAACCUUCCAGAAAGCUGCCUUCAACUGACAGCCCUGCCAAACAAUCCAGAAACUCCGUGUGAUUUAUCAGAGCUAUUGCCACCGCAGCGCAGAAGAGCUGUGCCCUCAGGUGGCAAGAUGUGACCAUACCCUGGGGGACCUCAGCCUCCUGUGACAUGGACCUCUGGGCCCUCUUCCCCGCACUAGCCUUCCUUUCCACCCUGGCCCCUCCACCAGUCCCCUGGCUGCUUGUAACUGCUGCUCCUCCCUCAGGGAAGCUCUGAGGAGAGGCAACAAUGUAUGUACUCCACCAGCCAUGGGUCCCCAGCACCCAACUAAAGGCCUCUGGAGGUCCCUCGA